AUGGUUCGAUUAACUAAUGGCAUGGGGGUGCAGGUGGAGGAUACCAAGAUCGCCGUGGUCAUGGUUGGCUUGCCGGCUCGGGGAAAGAGCUUCAUUGCCCAGAAAGCGCAACGCUAUCUCAAAUGGCUCUCCAUCGAGGCCAGGACCUUUAACGUAGGCAGCUAUCGACGUGAGUCGGCCGCCCAGCCCACCGCCGACUUCUUCGACAUGAAGAACCACGAAGGAGAGCGCAUGCGCCGGGCCGCCGCCGAAGCCGCCAUCAGCGACAUGGUCACCUGGUUCCGCGAGUCCAACGGCACCGUCGCCAUCCUCGACGCCACCAACUCCACCAAGGAACGCCGGAAAUGGGUGGUCGAGCAAUGCAACAAGGAAGGGAUCGAGGUCCUGUUCGUCGAGAGCAAGUGCGACGACGAGGAGCUCAUCAUGGCCAACAUCCGCGACGUGAAGACCACCUCCCCGGACUACGUCGGCCUCGACCCAGAGGAAUCCGCCCGGGACUUCCGCGAACGCAUACGCCACUACGAAAAGGUGUACAAGUCCAUCGACGAGGACGGCGACGAGGGCCACCUUACUUUUCUCAAAAUCAUGGAUGUCGGCAAGCAGGUCAUCAUCAGCCGCAUUCAGGAUUAUCUGCAAAGCCGCAUCGUCUACUACCUUAUGAAUCUGCAUAUUCGGCCUCGUUCCGUGUGGCUAUCAAGACACGGCGAAUCAAUGUUCAAUCUGGAGGGCCGUAUUGGUGGUGACACAAGUCUGUCUCCGCGUGGCGAGCAAUACGCGCGGAAACUCCCCGAUCUUGUCCGGGAGUCAGUCGGUGAUGACCGCCCCCUGACCGUGUGGACCUCCACAUUGUCUCGAACUAUUUCGACGGCGCGCUUCCUGCCUAGCCACUACAACCAGCUCCAGUGGAAAGCGCUGGACGAGCUCGACUCGGGCGUCUGCGACGGCCUUACGUACCAGGAGAUCAAGGACCGCUACCCCGACGACUUCGCCGCCCGCGACGAGGACAAAUACAACUACCGCUACCGUGGCGGCGAGUCGUACCGCGACGUGGUCAUCCGGCUCGAGCCCAUCAUCAUGGAGCUGGAGCGCUCCGAGGACAUCCUCAUCGUCACUCACCAGGCCGUCCUCCGCUGCAUCUACGCCUAUUACAUGAAGAAGGACCAAAAGGAGAGCCCCUGGAUGAACGUCCCGUUGCAUACCCUCAUCAAGCUGACGCCGCGGGCCUACGGUACCGAGGAAGUGAGGUACGAGGCUAAGAUCCCGGCCGUCAGCACAUGGCGCGGCAAGGGGUCGACGGCGAAGCACGAAAACCCCAAUGGAACUGAGAGUUUGUGA